UUCAUUCUUUCGCGUUUGUGCCACUUCUCAUCAGUGUUUCUGCUGACCGUUGGAGCGUUCGAGUCAUGUCGAUUGAAGUGCGUGAAGAGGGUAUCGUUACUCGCGUCACCAACCUGCCAGUCGUGAGCCUCGCCGUUGAGCGAAUUGGCGCCUGGUAUGGAGGAGCAAAGAAGGCUCCUCUUCUCGGCCACGCUUUGAGAGCUGCCGAAAACGCUGCCGGAAAGGCAGUCCAAGUUGCCCAGCCUGUCGUGAAUCGACUUCCCACUGACAAGGUGGAUUCUAUCCUUUGUCGUACACUGGAUACGCUGGAAGCAAAAGUUCCUCUGGUGAAGGAGACUCCCGAUGAGAUGCUCCUUCGUAGCAAGGUGUUUGUAUCUGAAAAUGCCACUGCCCUCAAGGAGUCCUUUCAAAGCAGGGUGGCAUCUGUCCAGCAGAGCCUUAGCGACAAGGCUACUGCUGUGAGUGAGCUUCGUAUGGUCCAAGCUGUUGUCGUUCCUGUCAAGAGUGGCCUGGAUUCUGCCAUUUCUAUCAGUGAAAAUGCUGUCGAGUACUUUCUUCCUGAGAACACAGAUGAUGAAGACGACGACGACAGCGAUGACGACCUGGACGACAAAGAUGAGGAUGACGAUGCUGAUGAGGAAUCAAGCAACAAGGAUAGUAAGGACAAGACCGGGUAUGUCAGUCGAGUGGGAAUAAUUUCCCAAAAGCUGAGGAAGAGAUUAUACAAGCGAGCCCUUCAGCAGAUCAGGCACGCACAAACCAGGACCAAGGAGGCAUUGGAAAAGCUCAAGUUCAAUGUCGACUUGAUCCAGUAUGCUGAAGAGAACCUUGGGUAUCCUGGGAAAGUGAUCAGUCAGAGUGCCAAGACAACACAGGCUGCAUUUUGGGCUGUGGUUUCUCCUGACGAGGAAGGAGAAGGAGAAGGAGAUGAGGACACGUCAAGUGAAAGUGGUAAAAUGGCUGAUUCAAGCAAGGCAGUUUCUGUUGUCCGCUACCUUGCCAAGAGAGUGCGAGGUGGGUAUCAAGCAAUGGCACGUGCGACUGAGUAUCUUCCGUCUGGUCUUCACACUCUUAUCGAUUCUGUCAAACAAGGAGCCGCUCAUACUAUGGAAUUACUGCAUGUUGUCUCACAGCUGAAAUCACAGCCUGGCGAAGAUGCCAGUACGUUAUCUCGUAUUUCAAAUUUGGUGGGUCUUCUUCUUGCUGCUUCGGAGUAUGUUGGUCAACGUGUUUCAUCACUGCUGAAGAGUCCUCAGGAUGAUGAAGCGGAGGAAUUUCAGUCAUCGACGCAGUUUACCGUCCGAGCAAGCUGGCCGUUGUUGAAGAAGUCAAACAAGCCGCCAUCUCUGGAUACCGCACAAAGUGAAGACGAAGAGAUGGAGGAAGAUGACGAUGAGGACAAGCGUGAUAGUGAUAAUUGAAGCUGGUACUGAACCUCUCACACUGUUAGUUGUGUUACUAUGAACUGAAAGUUGCAUAUUAGCAACCUGUAGUGCAGUUGUUGUGAUUGAUGAUACAGUGCAAUGAAAUACGUUGUGUUAGCUGAAUUCCAUUACUGGGUCAUCAUAACAGAUGUUGUUUGCGCUUCC